UCCACUGUAAAAGUGGAUACACCAUGUAAUCAAAAGUAUCCGGACACUCCCAGAAACCUAAGUUUUUCAUAUUAGGUGCACUGUACUGCCAUCUACUGCCAGGCACUCCAUAUCAGCAAGCUUAGUAGUCAUUAGACAUCAUGAGAGCGCAGAAUGGGGUGCUCUGCGGUACUCACGGACUUCGAACGUGGUCAGUUGAUUGGGUGCCACUUGUGUCAAAGAUGUUGCAUGUUUGUACGUGAAAUUUCCACACUAGGAAACAUCCUUAGGUCCACUGCUUCCGAUGUGAUAGUUAAGUGGAAACGUGAAGUGACACGUGCAGCACAAAAGUGUACAGACAGACCACCGGCAGUUGAAGAGGAUCAUAAUGUCUAAUAGGCAGACAUCUAUCCAGACCAUCACACACGAAUUACAAACUGCAUCAGGAUCUUCUGCAAGUACUAUGGUAGUUAGGUGAGAGGUGAUAAAACUUGGAUUUCAUGGUUGAGCAGCCACACAUCCCGCCGGUAAAUGCCAAACGACACCUCACUUGCUGUAAGGAGCGUAAACAAGGGAUGACUGAAGAGAGGAAAAAUGUUGUGUGGGGUGAUGAAUCAUGGUACACAAUGUGGCGAUCCAGUGGCAGGGUGUGGGUAAGGCACAUGCCCCGUGAACGUCAUCUGCCAGCGUAUGUAGUGCCAACAGUAAAAUUUGGAUGUGGUGGUGUUAUGGUGUGGUAGUGUUUUCCAUGGAGCUGCAAUUAUCAAUCCAGAAACACACCAGGAAAUAAGAUUCCUAAUUUAGUUCUUUUAUGCAGCCGUCUGUAUACAAAUUGGAUGACAUCUUCCUGUGAAGUAGUUAAUCUGUGAUGCAAUAAAAAGUACCAUGUGCCAUUAAUUUUAUGGUGACUUGUGGUGUACGUGUGAAAUGUGUAUUACAUCCAUCCUUAUUUUGCAUGGCACUAUCACAGUACAGGCCUACAUUGAUGUUUUAAGCACUUUCUUGCUUCCCACUGUUGCAGAGCAAUUUGGGAAUGGCGAUUGCAUCUUUCAACACAAUCAAGCACCUGUUCGUAAUGCGCAACAUGUGGCAGAGAGGUUACAUGACAGUCACAUCCCUGUAAUGGACUGGCAUGCACAGUCCUGACCUGAAUCUUACGGAACCCAUUUGAGAUGUUUUGGAAUGCCGACUUCGUACCAGGGCUCACCAACAGACAUUGAUACCUCUCCUCAGUGCGGUACUCCAUGAAGGACGGGCUGCCAUUUCCGAAGAAACCUAACAGCACGUGAUUGAACAUAGGCAUGCAAGAGUGAAAGCUGUCAUCAAGUCUAAGGGUGGGCCAACACCAUGUUGAAUUCCAGCAUUACCAAUGGAGGGCACCGCAAACUUAAUGUUAUUGGUGAAGUUUAUGAAGUUGAUGAUACUAUGCUGAAGGCUUUGGAUGGUUUAGAAAGUCAUCCAGACUUGUACUGUAGGUUGGAAGAUCAUGUACGAAUUCUUCAUGUAGAAGAAGUGAGCAGUGAAAUGCAACCAGUUCUCAAAUGCUGGAUUUACUUCAUUCUAAACCUAGAGAAAGAUGUUGGAAGUUCAUUUCUCCGUGAAUAUCAUUCUGAAGGACCUCAUGGGAAAUCAUAUGUGAGAAGGGAAAAGUAUGUGGAUUAUACUGUACUAAAACAUCAGUUGCAUGGCAAAGAAUAAUAUUUUGUGGUGAUCAUAAAAAUUGACAUUGGGUACAUACUGCAAUAGCCAUAAUAAAAUGUGUGCUUUAUGUACAGAUUAAAAACUGGAAGUAGUCUAUACUUAUAAUUUCAUGUAAACUGUGUACAGUACUGUCUGAGGGAGAAAUAAAAUGGCUGCACAUUUA